AUUUGGAAAGUCGUCAAAACAUUGUCGUCGCGAACAAGUGAGUCAGGAGCGCUAUUCUGAUUGCGAUCACUUCGAUUCUGAUCGCCAAAUUAACCAAAUAUAUAUUCCGAAUUGAGUGCGAGUAUUUUGUGUUCCAUUAACUAACCAUGACGAAUCGAAACCUGGUUAAGGUUUUAGUCCUGGUGGCCCUGCUCGGCUUGAGUCUGGUGCCAUUUAGUCAAGCUCGCCCUGGACGCGGUCGCAAAAGGGCUUUCGGUGCUGGUCUCCUCGGCGGAGUAGUUGCUGGCGGUCUUUUAGGCCAUAUGGUGGCCAAAUCUAAUCAGGCUCCGGCUGCCGCUCCAGCCGCUGCUCCGGUUGCUCCGGUUGCCCAAGUCCAUCACUACUAUGCAGGAGGCGUUCCAGUUGCUCCCGCUCCUCCAGCACCCGUUCCCAUUGCCGUAGCUGUGCCGGUGCAGCCAGAUCCCAAAAAGGCGACCGUCAUUGAGACAGGCGCACCCGAUGCCAAUGGUUGCUACAAGCAAAUUAUCCGUCAGCCCAAUCCCGAUAAUCCCAAGACCUAUACGGAAACCGAGCACCUGAUUUGUCCCACCCUGCAGAUGACCAACCAGCCAGCUCCGCAGCUUUCUCCCAGUGCUGGUAACGUGCCAGUGAUGCCACAGCCUUUCCCAGUGAUUCAAGUUCCAGCGGCAGGUCCGCCAGCUCCUGUUGCUGCUCCUGCUGCCGCUCCUGUUGCCGCUCCUGCUGCCGCUUCUGUACCUGCUCCUGUUGCUCCAGCUCCUGUGGCUGCUCCUGCACCGGCACCUGCUCCAGUCACAGUCCCAAUAGUUCCAGCUCCUGCGCCUGCUAUAGGAUUCGUAGAUCCAAAAGCUCCUCUUCAAACUCCUGUUGCUCCUUUGCCAGUUCCUGUGCCUGCCCCUGUUCCGGUCGUACCAGCAGUGCAACCCAAUGCCAUUUCACAACCCGCUCAAGGACAGCCGCAACAUGUCAUUGUGCAAUCGACGCACACCAUUAAGAAGUAUAGCAAGAAGCGAUCAUCUGCUCCAACACUCGCUAUUCCUCAGGGUGUGCUGGCCAUGCUUGUGGUUUUCUAUAGCUUUAAGUACAUUCUCUUUUAGGACAAUCAAUGGCUGCUUAAACAACCAAUUACAAAGAACGCUUAAAAUUUAGAGGAUUAGGUAAUUAUUAAAUUCACUUUACCUCUU